UUGUUUUUGCCAAUCCUCGAUAAAUAGUAAUUCUGAUAAGGAUCGUGUGGCGCGCUCCUCGAUAUGCACAUACAUUGAUGGCUAAGCAUUGUCCGGUCCUCAAUAUUCGUCGGAGGCUGGUAACUUGCCUAAAGCUUCACGCUGGCCAGGAGGUCUCGGAAUGAAUAUACGAAACUAGAGUGAAAAACAAGUUCGAUCUGAGAACACCCCUCCCAUACAAAGCUAUUACUUUCCGAUGGAUGUCGUGUUGCCGGUGCUGAAGACGAGAGGGAUUCCGUUUCGCAGGGCCGGGUUUCAUCGUCUACUAGCUUGGUUUCUGCUCUUUCUUGGUCUUUUCUCAUGCGCUCGGCUUGAACUCGCUCACACGGUUGGGGGGCUAGACCAAAACAACUCUGUACAUACGGCGCUCCGCUUUUGCAGUGAGAAUUUCUUUUAUCCUCUCACUGCCUUGACCAGCCCAGAAGGUGUUGUAACAACCGUAUACGCCGUCUGCAUGAGCUCGCAGCUUUUUCAACUCAACCUUGUGGCCCUACGUGAAUCUUUCCUCUGGCUCACUCUUCC